AUGGACGUCGUCAUCUCAUGCUUGACCUUGCUCCAGUUCACCGAGGAGAUAAAUCUCAUUGAGGCGUCGAGCAAGGCCAACGUUGGUCGGUACAUACCGAGCUUCUGGGGUCCAGCCUGCGCACCCCGAGGCAUCAUGAUGAUCAGGGAGAUGAAAGAGGAUUUGUUAGACCGCAUCAAAGCCCUAUACCUCCCUUACACGAUCGUCGAUGUUGGUUGGUGGUAUCAGCUGUCCUUGCCUGCUCUACCUUCGGGAAGGUUUCGCCCGGCCGCAGAAGAGUAUUCCACAACGCGCAUCAUCGGAGACGGGAACUUUCCCUGGGCCCUCACCGAUAACCGCGACAUUGGAAAAUUCGUUUCCCGAAUCAUCUCUGACCCGAAAACCUUGAACAAGAUGGUCUUUGCCUACGGGGAGGUCGUCACGCAGAACGGUGCUUUUGAGCUUCUCGAGAAAGUAUCCAGAGAGGCUGUUCCUCGAGAAUACGUGACCAAAGAGGAACUGCACAGCAUUAUCUCCCAAGGCCGGGCAACGGCAGCAAAGCAGGACAUCAAAGACGUCACGGUUCUGCCCAGCAUUGGCAUGGCAGAGUACCGAAACCUUCUCGGUAUCCGAGGUGACAACACCCCUGAGUAUGCCCGUUAUCUUGGAUAUCUCGAUGCGAGAGAUUUGUAUCCUGAUGUGGAGGUCACUACCCUUGAGAACUACAUCAGACGUCUCGUACGCUGA